CGAUAUACCCCUGCGGGAUCUUUCUCUCUCUCUAGCUGGCCUUCGCAGAAACAGAAACAAAAACACCAACGAACAAUACUCGCACACAGAAACCAAUCCCAAAACUUAAAAGGACAGAGACAAAACAUCGUGAUCACCAAUAGCAUUUGGAUUUCCAUGGAUAGGGUCUUCUCAGUGGACGAAAUCCCUGACCACUUCUGGUCCUCCAUCCCCUACGACACCAACCACCACCACCCGCCUCCUUCCAACUCCAACUCCCACAUCAACCGCAGCCCUUCCGAGUGGGCCUUCCAGCGCUUCCUCCAAGAAGCUGCUCCUCCCUCUCCCCCUCACCGAAACGACGCCGUUUUCUUCAUCCACGACGACGAUCAUACUCAUCCCCACGUCACCAAGCCCGAUCCGAACGACACCCUUCCUGUUCCUAAGAACGACGCCGUUUUGACCAAUGCCUCUCCUCCUCCUCCUCCUCCUCCUCCUACGAAAACAGCGGCUUCAUCUUCCCUUGGCGUUGAUUCCGAUGACUACCAGGCUCUCCUUAAGAACAAGCUCAAUCUUGCAUGUGCCGCUGUCGCCAUGACUAGGGCAGCAUCUUUAUCCAAGUCUCAAGAUCCAGCCACUUUUGCUGAUAGUGGAUCGUCUAAUACCUCUCAAGUUGGACCUCAGCCUUCUAUAAAAGGAUCUGGUACUUCUGGAAAUGACCCACCUAAAAUACAAGACAAAGAUGCCAAAGCACCAAUCGGGAUACCUUCCAUACCUGUCAUACAAAAGAAACCUGCUGUUACAGCCAGGCCAUCAACAAGUGGAUCGUCAAGGGAACAGUCAGAUGAUGAGGAAGCUGAAGGAGAGACAGAUCUGAAUGACAACAUGGACCCUGCUGAUGUAAAACGAGUAAGAAGGAUGCUUUCAAAUAGAGAGUCAGCCAGACGUUCAAGAAGAAGAAAACAAGCUCAUUUAAACGAGCUGGAGACACAGGUUUCUCAAUUAAGAGGUGAAAAUUCUACCUUGCUAAAGCGCCUUACUGAUGUAAGCCACAAGUACAAUGAAUCUGCUGUUGACAACAGAGUAUUAAAAGCUGAUGUUGAAACCUUAAGAGCAAAGGUGAAGAUGGCGGAAGAAACCGUCAAAAGAAUUACAGGGUUGAACCCAGUAAUGCAUGCCAUGUCUGAUUUAACAUCAAUGGGCAUACCGACAUUUGACGGAAGCCCUCCUGACACAUCAGCUGAUGCAUCUGUCCCCGUGAGAGAUGAUACUCACCAUCACCACCACUUCUUUCAACAAACAUCAGGUAAUCAUCACGUGGCGAGUCAUGAUCUUAGGGUAAACAAUGGGUUGGGAGACAUAUCUGUAAUUGAGAAUGGGCCGCAGAAUGCCGCAGCAGCUGUGGUGGUUGGGAAUAAGAUGGGUCAAACAGCUCCCGUACAGCGGGUGGCAAGCUUGGAACACCUACAGAAGAGGAUUAGGGGUGGUGUGGAUUCAUGUGGUGGACCUUCUAAUAAUCAUGAGCAUUAAAUAGAGCACCCAAAAUAGAACAAGGGAAGCUUUAAUUUUUAAAAAUAAAAUUAUUCCAAAAGUAAUACUUAAUUUCUGUUGUAAUUAAAGGCCUAUUAUACUUCUUGACAACAACAUUAUAGAUCAAUUUGAUUUCCCUAUUUUUGAUGGAUCAUCACAUGCUGGAUUCAAAGUACUGUACAAUCCCUAAGUGGUGUUCUGUAAACUGUGCCUAAUUGUUUCUAAGUAGACCAAGGAAGGAGCGUGACAUUAUAUUUUUUUUC